CCCAUCCACUCGUCCGCCGUCACCCUCUUCCCUUCGCUUCUCCUCCUCUUCUCUUCUCCUCCCUUGGCUGCUUCCUCCGGCCCCAAGUUCAAAAUUUCCUCCGUUGGCGCCCAAACCCCAAACCCUAGCCGGCCACCGGACCGCCUCGCUCCGGCCGGCCGAGCCCGCCAGUCGCCGUCGCACGUCGCCGGGGGCCCGCGGGCGGACCAUGCGGGAUCUCGAGCCAUGGCGACCGGGCCCGAUCUGAGCUCCUCCUCCGGCGCCGCCGCGGCGGCCGUGCCGGACGCCGCGCCGGGGGCCUCCGCCAAGAAGGACCGCACCAUCGUCAGUUGGAGCGCCGAGGAGGACAGCGUGCUUCGUGCUCAAAUCGCGCAUCAUGGUACCGAUAACUGGACAAUUAUAGCGGCGCAAUUCAAGGACAAGACGGCCAGGCAGUGCAGGAGAAGAUGGUACAAUUAUUUGAACUCAGAGUGCAAGAAAGGCGGGUGGUCCAGGGAAGAGGAUAUGCUAUUGUGUGAGGCUCAAAAACUUCUAGGCAACAGGUGGACUGAAAUUGCUAAGGUUGUAUCAGGAAGAACUGAUAAUGCAGUGAAGAAUAGGUUUUCUACUUUAUGCAAAAGGAGGGCCAAGGAUGACGAGCCAUUCCAAGAAAAUGGUACACCAUGUUCGAACACAAAUGCAAAGAGGGUUCUCACAAAAACAGGAUGUGUGACACCUGGUGCAGCAGGCUCCUCGCUGCCCAUGAAGCAGAUAAGUUCCGAUUUGAAGGAGAACAUUGUACCAAAUAUGAUAUUAUUUGGACAGGAAAAGGGCACACAACAAGAUGCCCGGCAACCUCUUGCUAACAUUUCUUCAAAUAAUCAACAAAAUCUGAAUACAGUGAAAUCCCAAAAUCUUGUUGCCACAACCACAAAAACAUUACUUGGUCCAGAACAACACUGUGUGAAGCAGGAGGGUAACUUCAUGAAGAAGGAUGAUCCAAAAGUUGCUAUUUUAUUGCAGCAAGCUGAUUUGCUUUGCUCCCUUGCAACAAAAAUUAAUCAUGAGGAUACAAGCCAAAGCAUGGAUGAAGCAUGGCAGCAACUACAGCAUCAUUUAGUGAAAAAAGAGGACAAUGGAAUGUCAGAAAAUAGCGGGUCUGGAAUUGCUUCACUCUUAGAGGAACUUGAUGAUUUAAUUGUUGACCCCUAUGAGAGUAAAGAGGAAGAUGAAGAGAAGUUAAGGGAGCAGAAUGGACAAAGACAAACUGAUGUGGAGAAUAUGCAAUGUAGCGAUCCUUCACAAGCUAGCAUGGAAGUAACAUCUAAUAUGGCCCCUGAUGAAAUGAUGGAAGAUCACACAGUAGGUAACUGCAAAGAAGUUAGUAGUCUUUGUAGAUACAUGCUUUCUGGAAGUAUGGAACCUUGCUCAGGUGCAAAAAUAACAGCAUCUGAGAAUUUGAGCGAGGUUGCCGAAGAUAGAAGGCUUCAACAAGUGGAAUCUACAUCUCCUGUUCUAACAGAUUUUGAUGAUUUUAUCAUAGACCCCUAUGAGAAUAAAGAGGAAGAUGAACAAAACCUAAGAUGCUUAUGUAUCAUACCAAUGAUCAGGGAGCUGAAUGGGCAGAUUGAUGUGCACGAUCAUCAGUCUUAUUGUCCUUCACAAGCUACAAUGGAAGAUAAUAAUCUUUGCAGAAAUGUGCUUUCUGGAAGUAUGGAACCUUCACCAGGCGCAGAAAAAGCAGCAUCUGAAAAUUUGAGCGAGGUUGCCGAAAAAAGAAGAUUUCAAUGCAUGGAAUCUACCUCUCCCGUUCCAACAAAUUUUCAAACUAAAGAGUAUGGAGAAACACCAGUACCAGAGAACCUUAAUGAGGUUGCUGAAGAUAGCAGGCUCCAACGUGUUGAAUUUACCUCCCCUGCUCAUACACUUCUCCGAGCUAAAGCAGGUGCAGAAACAUUUGCAUCCCCAAGAAUUGCUGUUGUUGCAAAAGAUAGCAAGCUUCCAUCUAUGGAAUUCAGUUCCCCUGCUGACACAGUUAUCCGAGCUAAAGCAGGUGCAGAAACUUAUGCAUCCCCAAGAAUUGCUGUGGUUGCGAAAGAUAGCAAGCUUCCAUCUAUGGAAUUCACUUCCCCUGCUCAUACAGUCGCAACAUUCCAGCCAUAUGCUGACGACAUGCCUACUCCAAAAUUCACCGCUAGUGAGAGGAAUUUUUUGUUGUCUGUGUUAGAGCUGACCUCACCAGGCUUGAGGCCAGAAACUUCUCAGCAGCCAUCUUGCAAGAGGGCUCUUCUUAAUAGCCUUUGAAAUAAAGCCUCUUCUGUUUUGAAGGCCAAAGGGUCAGGAAUACUAAGCCUACUGUGCUCCUCAGCAUAAACAGUUUGGCUGCCUUAUACCUAUUUUGCAAGAAGUGUGCCUACCUCAAGGGUCUCAUAGUUUGUUUUAUUUUCUGUGUAUAUAAUGAUGCAUUGGUGUGGUUGCAUUAGCAUACAGGAAUUAAAAGGGUGGUGGUGGUGUAAGUGUUUACAGCUUGUAUUCAAAAUAUAGAAUAAGUAAUAUUCUUUGUGUAAUUAACUCUAGUAGUUCUUUCUAGGCGUGAGGUAUAUCAGAUUUGUGUGUAGUGUGAUGAUGUAAUGGGUUUCUUUUGUUGAGCUUGUUAGAUUGAACCUAAAUACAGUGUAUGACUCAUGUGCGGUUGGGUAUUUGUAUUUUGUUGUUCAUUUUCAGAGUGGAA